GGACCUAUCAUUACCAGAUGUCACAGUUGAGGGUGACUGCCAGCCCCAUCGCUGCUUUUUUGCCUUAAACUCCAGCUCCUCUUUCUCCUCUUUUCUCCUAGAUACUUUCCUCUCUCAACUUUCUCUAACUCUCCCUUUUUUUUUUUUGUCUUCCUGCCUUCUCCGUUUCCAGCUGUUUUUGGAACACGCUUUGCAAGAACGGGGGAAGUCCUCCACCAAUUGUUUUAGUCCGAGAGGAGCUUGACAGUCGGACCCCUCCCUCCUACACUCUCUUCUCUCUCUCUCGCUCCCUCUUUCUCGCUCUCUCUCCCUCUCUCUCUUUCUGCCUCUCUCCCUCUCUCUCUCUCCUCCCCUUGUUGUGACAGAGCACACCUGCUUGAUCUUGGCUGCACGCGCUCUGAGUCCAAUUAUCCCAUAAGGCCCUCGCAGCCACUUCACAGUCUCAUCCCCCACGACUCGGCUGGAUUUUGGGAGUCAGGCUCGUCUCGCCCACUUCGGCUCUUCUUUGCCUCACUUUCGCCGAGAACAGGCUUCCUGCUAGCAGCACCAUGAGGUCCGCCUGUCUCUCUCUACUCCUGGUCACCGCCUGCUGGGCUCUGCCAUUUCGCCAGUCUGGCUUUCUAGACUUCAUGAUGGAGGAUGAGCCAGGAUCGGGCCGGCCCGAUGUUCCAGAUGUUACAGUGCACACCGGCCCUAUUAGGCCUGAAGCACCAAGGUGUCCAUUCAGAUGCCAGUGUCACCUCCGUGUGAUCCAGUGCUCUGACCUCGGUCUCAAGUCCGUCCCUGAGGACAUUCCUGAUGACACCACCCUGCUAGACCUGCAGAACAACAAGAUCACAGAGAUCAAGGAGAACGACUUCAAGAACCUCAAAGGGCUGCACGUAAGAGCCCUUCUCUUUCUCCCCUCCCUCCGUAGAAAUGCGUGAACACUUCAGCGUGCA